AGCAACGGUGAACUUUGUUAAAGAAAACAAGCGGAACGCAAGUGCGAGCCAUAUACAAGAAAUUGUUUGCAAGUUUUGAAUUUGGCUCAAAGAGUGGAGUGAAGAGAGCAUCUAGCUGGCGAAAAAACAACCAAAAGGCCGAAAAACCAAAAUUCGAAUUGGAAGUGAAGGGUGUGACAGACGCACGCACACACAAACGGCAUUCGCACGCACACGCACAGAAACACCGGCUAAAAGGUAGACGAGACAAGAGAGCGAGUGCAAAAUAGAAAACGCGAAAACAGGAUAACACAGCGCUAACUAAUACUAUAAAACAGGCGGCUAAGUGACAUCUAAAACAACAACAACAGCAACAACAAAGGCAGCAGCAAUAGCGGCAAAAGCAGCGCAGCAGCAGCAGCAGCAGCAGCGAAGAGCGAAAAGCGAGAAAAGGCAGAAGCCGAAGGAGCAGUAAAGAAAAUUCCUUUCAAUCAAACGCAUCCCGGAGUCCGGAGAACAGCCCCAAGAUUGCUCCCAUAAGCACCAUGAACGGCCAGGGCUGCGAGCUGGGCCACAGCAAUGGGGACAUCAUCUCACAGAAUCAACAGAAGGGAUGGUGGACCAUUGGCGUGAUUAAUGGCCAGCACAAGUACAUGACCGCUGAGACCUUUGGGUUCAAGCUCAAUGCCAAUGGGGCCAGUUUGAAGAAGAAGCAACUGUGGACACUGGAACCCUCGAACACCGGUGAAAGUAUUAUCUACUUACGAUCUCAUCUGAACAAGUACCUUUCGGUCGAUCAGUUUGGCAAUGUGCUUUGCGAGAGCGACGAACGGGAUGCUGGCAGCCGCUUCCAGAUCAGCAUCAGCGAGGAUGGCAGCGGUCGUUGGGCGCUGAAGAAUGAGUCGCGUGGCUACUUCCUGGGCGGCACGCCCGACAAGCUGGUCUGCACGGCCAAGACCCCGGGUGCCAGUGAGUUCUGGACCGUACAUUUGGCCGCCAGGCCGCAGGUUAAUCUGCGUUCCAUUGGACGGAAGCGUUUCGCCCAUCUGUCUGAGUCGCAGGAUGAGAUCCAUGUCGAUGCCAAUAUUCCGUGGGGCGAGGAUACGCUCUUUACACUCGAGUUUCGUGCCGAGGAGGGAGGACGCUAUGCCCUGCAUACGUGCAACAACAAAUAUUUGAAUGCCAAUGGCAAACUUCAGGUGGUGUGCAACGAGGACUGUCUGUUUAGCGCCGAAUAUCAUGGCGGUCAUCUGGCGCUGCGCGAUCGCCAGGGUCAAUACUUGUCACCCAUUGGAUCGAAGGCUGUGCUCAAGUCACGCUCCUCGACGGUCACCCGGGAUGAGCUCUUCUCGCUGGAGGACUCACUGCCGCAGGCCUCGUUCAUUGCCGGCCUUAACUUGCGGUAUGUGAGCGUUAAGCAGGGCGUCGAUGUGACGGCCAACCAGGAUGAGGUGGGCGAGAAUGAGACAUUCCAGUUGGAAUACGAUUGGUCGGCACACCGCUGGGCCCUGCGCACCACCCAGGAUCGCUACUGGUGCCUGUCCGCCGGCGGUGGCAUCCAGGCCACCGGAAAUCGUCGUUGUGCCGACGCAUUGUUCGAAUUGAUCUGGCACGGUGAUGGUUCGCUCUCGUUCCGGGCCAAUAAUGGCAAAUUUUUGGCCACCAAGCGUUCCGGUCAUCUGUUUGCCACCUCGGAGUCCAUCGAGGAGAUUGCCAAGUUCUAUUUUUACUUGAUUAAUCGACCCAUUCUUGUGCUGAAGUGUGAGCAAGGAUUCGUGGGAUAUCGUACUCCCGGCAACCUAAAGCUGGAGUGCAACAAGGCCACCUAUGAGACCAUAUUGGUGGAGCGCGCCCAGAAGGGUCUCGUGCAUUUGAAGGCGCACAGCGGCAAGUAUUGGCGCAUCGAUGGCGAGAGCAUCUCGGUGGAUGCCGAUGCGCCCAGCGAUGGAUUCUUCCUGGAGUUACGCGAGCCAACCAGGAUCUGCAUAAGAUCGCAGCAGGGCAAGUAUUUGGGCGCCACUAAAAACGGAGCCUUCAAGCUGUUGGACGAUGGCACCGACUCGGCCACCCAAUGGGAGUUCUAGGGCGUUCCUCCACUCAUCCCACCCACCACCAUUCCGGUCGUCAGUAUCAUCACAUGUCCCCCAUUUCCAUGCCCAAAGUCUCGAUGAGGAAGGAGCUGCAGUGAAAGUCGCACAAGAAGAAUUUGAUCCUAAAAAAACAAUUAAACGAAGAGAGGGAAAGAGCGAGGAUGAAAUUGAAACACACAUAUUUAUAUAUAUAUACUACAUAUAUAUAUAUCUAUAUAUUUACUAU